AUGCUUCUUCGGACUGCGGUGCUGCUCCUCCUCUGCACGACCUCAGGAUUAUGUGCCACUUUGGGCCUUUAUAACACUCAGGCACCAGAGGAGGAGGUUCAAGCUGCUGUUAUCGACACCGCUGUAGAUGAAAACACACUUAAAGAAGGUGUAGCUGCUGCAGACCCUCAGGAGGGUGAUUCUGCAGCAGAGGAAUCUAAUCUACUGGCUAAAAUACUCGGUAUGGAUAACCAGCCAGCAGAUGACACAGUGGAAGUGGACAUCCCAGUAGCAGAUGGUGCUGCAGGGACAGACACAGACAGUGACAGGACUGCUGAGGAUGUGCCUGCUGAGGAAGCUCUCGCCCAGGACCAACCUUCAGAGGAAGAUGGGAACGAGAUCAGGCCGGUUGAGACAGAAGACACCCAGAAACAACCUCUGAAAAAUGAAGAUGAUAGUAGUUGGAGCCUAAACUCAAUUAGAAACAGUUUUCAGUCUAUGCAUGGAUACUUUGACUCUCUUGUGGAGCUUGUAGGAGGACGAAACGGUGUCUGCGAGUACCGCUGUAGAUAUGGAGUACCUCCUCAACCUCGGCCUGGAUACCAGCUCCCAGAACCCAACGGGUGCAGCUCCUCUCUGGUGGGAUUCCAGGUGAAUGCUGCUCUUGAUUUAGGAAUCCCAGCCAUGACACAGUGCUGCAACCAUCUCGACAUAUGCUACGACACCUGUGGGACAAGCAAGUACGACUGCGACGCUAAGUUUCGCUCGUGUCUACAUGACAUCUGCUCUGACCUGAAGAAGAGUCUGGGUUUUGGGUCCAAGGUUCAAGCCUGUGAGUCAAUGGCAGAUGCUCUCUACAACACAGUGUGGACGCUUGGCUGUAGACCUUACAUGAACAGCCAGAGGGCAGCGUGUUUCUGUCAGGACGAGGAGAAGGACGAACUGUGA